GUCAUGAAAGGAAAAUAAAAAUGAAUUUAGUGUGAAUGUGUGGUAUGUGGUUUUCAAAGCCAAUAUAAAACAAACGAAAGGAAUAAGUAUUUCUUAAAUAAUUUUUGCAGCUUGACAGUCAGUUUGUGUUCAUGCUCAAAUAAGUAGUAAAUUGAAAUUUAUUUUCCUUUGUAUUUAAAUUAAAUUCAUUUAAAAUCAAGAACAAUUAUAAAUAAAGUGACAAACAAUUUUUUGUAUAAACUGUUAAAGAAAUUUGAUUGAAAAAAAUUACAUAUUUUUAAAUUAAAAAUAAAUGAACAAGAAAUUCAUAAUGUUGAUUAGAAAAAAAACAUAAAAUUUGCUACAGUUCAAAUUAAAAAAAAAAAUUUUUAGCUACAAUGUGUUCUUAACCAUUAAAAAUUAAUUUAUUUCUAUUCCAAUAUAUUAAAAUUUUCAUUUUUAUAUACAAAUGAUAGAAUUUCGUUAAGUGAGUCACGUCACGGUCAAAGAGCUUGCCAAAAAAACUGGAGAAACAGCCAUUGAAUUCAGUUUCUAAUAAGACAAAGAAAUUUUUUAAAGUUUUUCUUUUUAUGCAAUGUUUCAAAAAUUACAGAAGUAUACCUAGUCAUUUAAUUUCGUUAUAACUACCUCAACAUAUCACAUAAUCUUCAAAUAAUUAUCAACAUUAAAUAAAUCAAUAUCUGUUCGAGAGCGUCGAGAAGGCAAAAUUGACAUUAAGAAAUACGUUUUCCAGUUUUCACAUAAAAAUUUCAAUUUAAUUCAAACUGCUUAAUUGUUUAAUAGCUGCAAAUAUUCAUAAAAAUUCUACUCUUUAAAAUUUGGUACAGAUAAAAUUACAUUUCAUUGAAUUAGAAAUCGUAAAGUAGAACAAAUUUCUUCCGUAAUACUCGUAUUUAAUUUCCUUUAAAUCACAGUAACAAAAAAAAAGUCAAAGCGAAUUUAUUACAAAUAUUUGCAUAAUCUACAAAAUAAUAAGUUAUUGAAAUCAAGGGAAAAAAAUAUAUUUAAUCAAAAUGCAGAAUUGGUUUUAUGUUGAUGAUGUUGCCGAACAUGAAUGUCAUCUGCAACAACCAAGUUCCAGUUCAACUUCAUCUUUAGAAACGAAUUCAUCUGUAAGAACAACUAAAUGGCAUUUUUUGGUAGUUGUACAUCAACCAUUACAACCUAAUGAAAAAUUGGCAAUAACCGGUGAUUGUACAUCGUUAGGCAAUUGGCAAUUAGAAAAAUGCCUUGUAAUGAAUAAGGAUAAGGAUGAUGGCACAACCUAUUGGAGUGCAACUGUUGAAAAUAUACCACGUGACCGGGAAGUACCAUACCGAUAUUUAAUAUGCGCAAUUGAUCCAAUAAAUGAUGAAAAAAUUGUACGCACUUGGGAGACUCAUUUUAAUCCGAGGGUGAUACCAGUUUUAGAUGAUCGUUUAGAAUCAAACGAUGUUUAUGGUGAAAUUGCUGGUGUGGAAAAAAUUGACCGAGGCUGGCUCACCAGCGAAACUGUAAUACAAUUAAAAUUUUUUAAUAGUCCUUUUAAAUGGAAGCAACGAAUGAAAAAUCGUCUAGUUUAUGUUAAAGUAACACCAAUGAGCAUUAAAAUAAACUGUAAUGAUACAGCUGUUGCACAACAAACAGCACUUUCUCCACUUGAAGAUUCAUUAUCAAAUGAUACUCGUGAAAAUGGUGGAACAGAAAACCAAUCUCUUGCUUUUGCCGAAGUAGUUAAUUUUAAUUAUGAAGAGAGUAAUAUUAAACCACAAUCACAAUUUGGUAUUCAAUGUGGUCCAAGUGAUAUUGUAAUGUUUCAUAUAACUGUAAAAGAUCCAGAAAACACAGCAUAUUUAAUUGAUUUAUAUACGUAUAGUUCAAAAUCAGAUUUAGGUGAACCACCAUAUCACUUGGGAUAUCAUUAUAUAUUGCCAAAUGCUUUGAAACGUUCUGAAGGUGUUCUUGACUUGCCAAUUACAUGCGCCAGUAAACAUCGGCCCAUGGGAAUGAUGCAAGUUGGCUAUUUAAUCAUAAAACCAUUUGCUUUCAAAUUCGAUAUGAAAAAAACGUAUGAAAGAUAUUGGAAUAAAAAAUGGACUGGCCUUGAUGUUGGUCAUCGAGGUUCAGGUACAAGUUUUAAGGCCAAAGAUACUGUCAUAAGAGAAAAUACUAUUGGAUCAUUAAAGAAAGCUGCUGCUCAUGGGGCUGAUAUGGUUGAAUUUGAUGUUCAGUUGAGUAAAGAUUUAGUCCCUGUAAUUUAUCAUGAUUUUCACGUUUAUGUAUCGUUGAAAUCCAAAAAAGAGAUUGAUAUAAAUGAUUUCUUAGAAUUGCCAAUGAGAGAAUUGACUUUAGAGCAAUUGAAAACCUUUAAGGUUUAUCAUGUUGUAGAGGGAAGAACCCGCGAGCCACGUAAUUUUGAGAACGAUGAUAUGAAUGAACAUCAACCAUUUCCACAAUUGGCCGAUGUUCUUGAUGCAUUAGAUCCACAUGUUGGAUUUAAUAUUGAAAUAAAAUGGUCUCAAGAAUUAGUUGAUGGUACAAUUGAAGCUGAAAACCCAAUUGAUCGUAAUCUAUAUAUCGAUUGUAUAUUAGAUGUUGUACUACAUAAAGCUGGUCAAAGACGUAUCGUAUUUUCUUGUUUUGAUGCUGAUGUAUGCUCCAUGUUAAGAUUCAAACAAAAUAUAUAUCCAGUAAUGUUUUUAACUUUGGGUGAAACUGAACGUUACGUAAAGUAUCGUGACCCACGAUGCAAUACACUUGAAUUAGCUGUGUGUAAUGCUAGAGCAUUUGAACUUUUAGGUAUUGUUGCUCACACAGAAGAUUUAUUAAAGGAUCCAUCUAAAAUUAAUUUAGCAACAAAUCGCGGUCUAAUUAUAUUUUGCUGGGGCGAUGAUAAUAACAGUAAGGAUACAAUUAAGAUGCUAAAAUCUAUGGGAUUGCAUGCAAUAAUUUAUGAUAAAAUGGAUGUUUUAACACCAAAAGAAAAUCGAGAAAGUGUCUUCUUAAUUCAAGCUAGAGAUAAGCAAAGUGAAUUUUUCCAAUUACAAUGUCUUGAAUUAGCUGGUAAAAAUUGGUAUGAAGAUCGUAGACCAUUACAUGAUGAUGAGAAUAGAUGCCUUGAAUUGGAGAAAGAUUGUGAUAAAAAUGCGUUGUCGACAUCAACAUCAAUUCUGUCGUUAGUAAAGUAAUUUUGACAAUAAUAAACAAUCCAACAAAGGCCACGUAAAGAGGAACAAAACAUAACUUGAGUUUGAUAGGACAAUUUUAUAGAUACAUACGUAAUUUAAUUUUUAAUAUUAAUAUUACAAGCCUAAUAAACUUCUUUUGUUUUAACUAAAUUUAUAUGUACAAUUUAUGAAAAAUUUAUUUUAAAUUUUACUUUUAAUUAUUUUAUAAAAAAACAAAACUAAAAAUAAAAAUUACUAAAAAGAAGACAACCAUAAACAAUUAAUUGAAAUAACUUUUAAAACAUUUCAAAUUACUUUUUUUUUAAAUAUUUAAUACUAUUUUGUGUUCGAAUUUUUUGAUUUAAAUAAAUGAAUUUUAUUUUUUUUUAUUAUUAAAUAUUCAACAAUAUUUUUUAUCCUAAAUAUUUAUUGUAUGUAUACUUUGUAAUCUUAUAUCUAGCAAUAAAUUGUUUUCAUUUGCCAAUAGAUGAUAUUUUUGAAACGCUUUAUACGUAAGAAAAAUUAAUAAAGAAUGUAAUAGCAUAAAUUUAUGUAACAUGAAAAUAAAUAUUAGACAUUUUAGUUUAAAUUUUAUUAUAAAUAUAUAAUUUUAUAUUAAAAAGCUAUAAAAAAAUGAAUUUUCAAACUUCGAAAUGUGCACUAAUUUUUUAUUUUAAUAAUUUAUAAAAAGAAUUGUCUUUAAAUUAUUAAACGUAUAAUAUCUUCGAUUAAAUCAAAGCUAACUAAAGCAAUACAAAUUUUAACUAAAUAAAAAAUUAUUCAAAGUAUUUAAAAUUAUAAAAGUGCUAAAGCCGACUUUAUAAUGUAAACAAAGUAUUUUUAUUUUAUAUUUAUUGAAAUUAUUUCAUUAUGAUUUCUUUUACUCGUAUAUCGUGAUAUUGAGUUUUGCAAUUCUAAGAAUUCCAAUUACAUUCAGUCUAGAAUUCUUGAAAAGUAUUCAAUUUACAAUUAAUGUUACAAAAUUUUAUCUAAUUAACUUUUUUUAUUUAAUACAAAUUUGUCGAAAAUGAUACCUUUAUUCAAUUAUCAAUAUGUAUGAGGGAGGCAUGAGAAAAUAUUUUUUUUAUAAUUCAAACUACAUACAUCGAGUUCUUAGUGCACAUUCGAAAUUUUGCGGGAUGUUCUACCAAAAUAAAAUUUAUGCAAAUUAAAUGCUUGUAUUUUAACAAAUCAAGCUGUACAUAAAUAAUUUAGAAAAAAAAUAUUUAAAAUAUAAAAAUAAAUAGUGAAAUGAUAAAUUCUUAUAUUUUUGAAAAGGCAAUAAAUUAAAAAUAUGCUAAGGUAA